UUGUUCCCUGAUUGAAUUACGUUUAUUUACUAAAGUAAAUCCUUGUACAGAUAUUAAGAGAAAAUGGCGAUACCUGUAGGACCUUUAAGGCCGUUGCUGGCGGACAGUUGGUGCGAUACGAGAUGCGAACUUGUCAGUUUCAGUUUCGAGUGGACCAUCCACGGCUUGGUGCUGGAAGGGCCUUGGGGCAAAUGGAUUCCUCCGUUGAAAUCGUCCGAAUUUUAUUCAGAAGAAAACCCCCGCAACAAGUGGCACCUGACACUCUGCGAAGACGGUCCCAACGAUGCCUCCGCCGAUUUCAAAGUUAUUCUGCAUCUUUUCAACAGCAUCAACAACAACUGCGUCAAGCUGGCCGAGGUGCGAGUGAAAGUUGCCAUUCUGAACAGGAAACGAGAGAAAAUGUUCCCACAGACCCACCGGUUGCUGCUGGGAACGACAACACCCGUCACGGUCCUGCAAAUCAACAAGAAAUCAUUAGGGCUAAUGGCAUAUGAUUGUUUCCAGCUGGAUGGAGGAUUCACCAUCCACUGCGAAAUAGGCAAUUGGGUUCUAAAGGGAAUCAAGUCCGGUAAGUCGACAGACAAACUGACCCGAGACGUACCUAUUAAUCCGUUCAGUUCCAGCGAUCAGCUGCUCCGGAAUCAAUUAGAAGAACUCUUCCACAACAGGACAUUGACCGAUGUGACCCUAGACGUCGGUGGUCGUAGCUUUGAGGCUCACAAAGCCGUUUUGGCAUCGAGAAGUAAAGUAUUUGCUGCCAUGUUUGUCCAUGAAACGGCGGAGAAGCUGUCCAAUCACGUAGACAUUCCAGAUGUGCAUCCGGACGUGUUCCAGGAAGUCCUCCGCUUCAUUUACACCGGCCGGGUGCCGUUGGAGAAGUUGACUGCUGCUCUCUUGGCUGCCGCUGAUAAAUAUCUGCUGGAACAGCUGAAACUCGAGUGUGAAACUCAGUUGAUUCACCGGAUGACCGCUGAGAAUUGUCUGGAGCUGCUAGCACUCACCGAUCCGCACCAUCCGGCCCAGCAUUUGAAGAAGUUUGCAGUCGAUUUCUACCGACGAUUCCCUUGUGAAGUGAUGGCAACGGACGGAUGGAAAUUAGCCAAAGAUGAGAACGCCGGGUGGCUGAAGGAAUUGGAACACCGCCAUCCCACUCAUUAGUUAGGCGAUUUUGUUAUUCAAUUUUGAAUAAACGA